AUGGAGAAUAGAGAACAAUUAAUGUUGUUAGUUGAAAAAGUCAUUGGAAUGGUAGCUGAAGUCAUAAAAUGCUUGAAGGUAGUGCAAGAACAUGAUGUGGAUAUACCUAAAAGUAAAAGGAAGGAUUUAAGGUUUGUAAAAACAAUAGACGUGGCUGAUAAAAAGUAUCUGAAGGUUGAGUUUGAAUGUGAUGUUGGUCAAUUUGUUGUUAGGAGAAAGUCUAUGGAAAAGAAGAUUGAAAAAGGUGUUCUUUGUGAUGAAUUUUGCUGUCAGAAUAGGUUUGGACAUUAUUGGAAAUCUGCUGAAAAAACAAAUUCAGGUGGUUUUAGAGAAAAGAAGAAAGUAUAUAUUAAUGUAAUGAAUGAUAGAAAAUUGGGCAGAUAUGAAAAAACAGGAAUAAGGG